AUGCCCCCCCAUGCCCCUACCUGUCUUUCCAUCCACAUCCCAAAUCUUUCGUCCCCCGUUCUAGUCCCCCUUCCUCUCCUCCUCGCAGGGCAUAUCGCUGCAUAUCAGCCUUCCAUGCUACAACCACUCCCAGUCCGGGCAUAUUACUGCUGCAUAUCCAGCCUUCCCUGCUACAGCCAGUCCGACUCGCCACCCUGCCCAGCGCGCAAGCACAUUGACUUUGACGCUCACCAGCAGUUCUCCUCGCGCGCUCGCAGCACCAAGGUCACCUACGAGUCCGCACACAACCACCCCCCCCCCCCCCAUCCACCGCCGCAGGUGGAGCGUCCCUCCUUUCCCCUACCUCUCUCCCUAUUCACGUCCCAAGUUUUUCCCUCUUUCCCCCCCACCCUGCCCCACUCCCCACACCCUCCCACCUUACCUGCUUCCCCCAGGGCAUACUACCGCUGCAUAUCCAGUCUUCCCUGCUACAGCCACGCCGACUCGCCUCCCUGCCCAGCGCGCAAGCACAUUGACUUUGACGCUCACCAGCAGUUCUCCUCGCGCGCUCGCAGCACCAAGGUCACCUACGAGGCCGCACACAACCACCCCCCUCCCGCCAUCCACCGCCGCAGAAGACGCGCAUCGUGUGGUGGGGCUGCAGGGGUCGUGAACGAUGCAGUGCGAGCAUCGGAUGAGGCGGCUGCGCCGACAGCUGUGACGUCCUCUGGAAGUGAGAACGGCGCUGUGCCUCCGUUGCCUCGUUGUGACACGGCGCUGAGCUCCUGGUGCGCCUGGCAGCAGGGAGAACUCUCCCUGGGGCUUUCUUCCACGCCUGCUAAGGGAUCCUUGGCUUGUGAUCGGACAGAGCAACGAGCAGAGUCAAGUGGCGCUGGUUUCGAGACGUCUCACAAGUACGUCGAGCUUUCCUCCGCACCUGCUAUGGGGUUGGUGCGACGUGAUCGGACUGAGCAACGAGUAGAAUCAAGUGGCGCUGGUUUUGAGACGUCUCACAAGUACGUCGAGCUUUCCUCCGCACCUGCUAUGGGGUUGGUGCGAUGUGAUCGGACUGAGCAACGAGUAGAAUCAAGUGGCGCUGGUUUUGAGACGUCUCACAAGCACCUCGAGCUUUCUUCCGCACCUGCUAAGGGGUUGGUGCGAUGUGAUCGGACUGAGCAACGAGCAGAAUCACGUGGCGCUGCUUUCGAGACGUCUCACAAGUACCUGGGGCUUUCUUCCGCACCUGCUAAGGGGUUGGUGCGAUGUGAUCGGACUGAGCAACGAGCAGAAUCACGUGGCGCUGCUUUCGAGACGUCUCACAAGUACCUGGGGCUUUCUUCCGCACCUGCUAAGGGGUUGCCGAGCGCAAAGCCAGUUUUUUGGGAGGUUCGGGAGUUGAGAGGACUUCCCAGCUGA